AGCUAUCGAUGCUUUAGUAUAGUAGUGCGAUUGCUUUUGUCUGUCUGGUUGCUGUGAAUGGACCACUAGCUGACAUUGGACUCAAAAUCUAUGUAAAAAAAUUCACUGCCAUGUUACCAAUUCAGCAAUGCAGUCUUUAGAAGGUAAUCUGUAGCCAUUCAUUUUGAUAAAUUCCCGAGCCAAACACUUAUCGACAUGUGGUUGCUUAUGUUCAGCUCACAGCAAGGAAGCUAGCUAGGAGAGAAUCAACACCUGUGGAUGUCACAAGUCAGUGAUUUGAUGGUGUCCAGGUAGACCUAGCUACAGCUAUGUCUGUGGCCUCUCUCCUGCGAAGUGCCAUGAGAGUGGGGAACAGACAUGUCGCAGCACAUUUGGUCCAUCAGAGAGCUCUUUCAGGGGCAGAUGCUAUCAAUGCACUGAGACCUUUCUACUUUGCAGUGCAUCCAGACUUCUUUGGCCAGCAUCCCAGGGAAAGGGAAGUGAAUGAAAAUUCCCUCAAGAGACUCAGUGGUUAUUUGGAAAACCUUCAGAAACCGGGGACCCGCUCAGUCCAACCAACAAAGCUCACCUUUUAUGUCAGAGAAAUAAAGGACAAGGAAGACAUUCAGAAAGACAUCCUUCCCCAUGGGUUCCGUUCGGUCAGCUUCACUCUGCAGACCAAGGAUGUCCUGACCACCGUAAUGGACGUGUUGAAGUCCUGCAGUCUGUCCACAGAGCACAUGAAGGGACUCAAGGCCAGCUCAGAGUCACCCAAGAGCCGGCAGCCAGUGGCUGGGCAUGGGAACCCUUUCUACAGACCCAUCAAAUGGGACAAAAGCUACUACAGCUUCACUGGCUUCAGAGACCCAGAGCAGGAGCUGGAGCAGGCCAAGAAAGUAGAGCCCACACUAAGCUUGUGGCUGAGAAACCAUGAGAAGGAGGCUACGAACAAGCAGAAUGCCAGUGUCCCUCGACGGGAGGAGCUGAAGAGACUCAAGAAGGAAUUGUGUCAGAAAUUUGCCUUGGAAGAUAUCAGGUGGCAGCGCAGCUGGGGAGUGACUCACAGAUGCUGUCAGCUCCAGAGUCUGAGCCGUCUCUCCCAGCAGAACCCUGAGGCUGUGCUCAACCUGCGAGGACACACUAUAAUAUUCACUGACCAAUCAGGGAUGAAUGCCUCAGGUCAUGUGAUGCUGGGAACAAUGGAUGUUCAUCACCAAUGGACAAAACUGUUUGUGAGUCUCCCUAGCUACCGUAGCCUGCACCAGCAGACAGAGUGGCUGAAGGAGAGGAUCAGCCAUGUGUUGGGAGGUAUUCAGGUGAUUGACAUAGAGAGACUGGGACCUGUACAGCCUAUAGAGGAACACUUCAGCAUCCUCAACACCUUCCAUAAGAGACUACUGGCCCGACGCCUAGCCCUGCAUCCCAGGAGCCUGCAAGGCCUGGCCAUGACCCUGGAGAAUGACCGCUCCAGCCCCAGCCUGCAUGAGAUGGGUCACUUCGUCAUCCCAGCCACCUGUGAGCCUAGCAGACUACAGACAUUCCUCCAGAGCAUGGCCUGGGAGGCCCGACAACGAAUCAAACACCGGAACCAGCUGCAGGCGGAGGAGGAGGAGGUACUGCUCCACUGCCUGGAGGGUCUGGCCCUGAGCAAUCUGUCCAAGGAGCCCAGUGUCAGACACAACCAGAUGAUCCCCUGCUGCAGGCGGUUGCUGGAGGAACGCUCCCCACUCAUGGAGGGCCUCCGGGUGGAGGUCUCCCACUUCUACUCUGUCAUGCAGGACGGGGACUUGUGCAUCCCCUGGGACUGGAAGGGCUGAGGGGACAGGGCCAGGGGACAUGCUGCAGCACGCCUGGUUGAGCCAGACUGAAUGCUGUGCUCACCAUGUCUACCACCAGGCUACACUGCAGCUGCCACACAGAGAAACAAACCAACCGACUCUCACAAGGUCAAUCACGUUAUCCUUCUACUGGAGAGGACAGAUAAACAGACCUUUUCACACUAUCGUGCUGAACCAGGCCCCGUUUCCCAACAGCAUCUUAAGGCUGAGUUCAUAGUUAGAACCUUUGUAGGAGCAUUGUUGGAUCUCUGACCUGUUUUCCAAAGCCAUCCUUACUGAAGUUGCACUUGAAACCGCUUGUUAUUUACCGCCUGCCUCAGAUCACUCCUAGAACAGCUAGUGUUAUUUUCCCCUUCCACUAAACAUAGAAUCAAGAUGCUUAUCCGUCUCUCUGUGACGACCGAUAACUUCACAACGAUGUUGACUACAAAUAUAAAGCUGCCGAUGUCUAUGCAUUAGAAACAACCAAAGGAUAAAAUGAUGCUUAAAAUGAAAACCUAUAUGACUGCAUUCAGAUAUAAAUAUCCUACCUACGGUAUAGUCUACAUAGGCCUAUAUUUCAAUGAGUUUUAUUUAUCUAUUUGGCUACCGUCUGUAAUUUAUGCCUCUAUAUAUUUCAUGAUGUGUCAAAUCUUGAUUUAGUGUAUUUAUUAAAGGGUAAGCGUUAGAAAAAGCCGUCUCAAUAUUUGCAUUCGUACAAGCUGAUCUGUUGUCAGUAUUGUGGAAUCCUGAUCCGAGAGCAGUGCUCGGUUUCAAUCUUGUCAGUAUCGACACACUUAGCGAACGUUCUCUCUGCGUGGCGUUACAUCUUCGGCUGUUGUAGGAAAGAUGCAUCGUUAAAACACUCGGAAGCCUAAAUUCCAUUCCAUCGAUAUCGGGAAACCAGGCCCAGUACUGUGCUGGCUUGCAUACGUUGUUUUCAUAAUGUCCUUUCCAGCACGUUCCAGUAACUAUGGUGGAUAUGAUGGGUAACCAGACUAGCUGAGCUUGGCUUGGUAGUGUGAAAAGAUUUGGUCAGAGCAGGCUGGUGCAAUAGUUAGUUUCUAUUAACCAACAAGAAGGUCUAGUAUCUUGAAGUCAGUCAGUGUUCAGGAGGGUGUGCGUGUGAAGAAACCAACACAGAGUAAUAGUAUUAAUAUUUUUAUGAGGGGAAAUAAUAUGGUUGUUAAUGUAGUACAGUAGCACUUUUUAUUGAUUGUUAUUUUAAUGAACAUGUUGAGUAUUAUUUCCGAGACCAUCUACGAAGACAACUAUGACACUUAUUCAAAUCUAUUACACUUUAAACUGUACAGGAACACACUUUGCUAUCACAAAAGAAGAGCUAAGAAAAGAAAAGCCUUGGUAUUACAAACUGUCUCAUACGAUGAUCAGACGGGAGACGUCCUAUACUGCUGCAGUGUUUAAACUCUCCACGAGAUGGAGCGCUCUCACUAAACUCAGUAUGGGGUUCAUUGGUUUUUGUAAUGAUGUAUAUUCUUCCGAGUGAGAGUUGAUGUUCUGGUGUUUCUCAGAGUAGGAGUGCGGAUUUAGGAUCAGUUUGACCUUUUAGAUCACAAUUUAAAACAAUUACAUGGACAGGAGAGACCUGACUCUAGAUCAGAUGUUUGAUACUUAGAGCCUAUGGUCAGUGGUCUACUGUAGGUUGACCUUGACUGAAAUGGACAACAGCUAUUAGAAGAAGAGCUAUAGUUCUGGAAGUGGAUCCCACCGCGUUGAUGCAGCUCUCGGGCGACGGGACAGUCAAAUGGAAUGGACACUUUAUACUGCAAGAUCAAGUAAUACUAACUGUAUUUUGCAUCAGUUACCUGACUAGCUAGAAUACUGUCGUGACGGCUGGGAACAGUAAUGAUGAAUAUGUUUGUUUUUACCUCAUGUUAACUUUAACACAACCAAUACCACAGAAUAAAGACCUGCUAAAAUAAAGUGAGUGAUUUUCAAGCGUU